UUUUCCUCCCCCCGUCUGCUUCAGUACGUAUUCUCUCAUCCCUCACUGCUCCCCAUCUCUUCGCUCCGCCUCAUCAUCACAUCUCUCUAUCAACUGUUCCAUCUCUUCUAACUAACCUCUGCCAGCACCUCUACGCAUUCUUGGCCGUAGUAUCUGAGCGUUCUCCUGGUCUCUUCUAGUAUCUUCCAAAGAACUACAAGAAAUCCAAUCUAUUUUAUCCCAAACUCUCCCACUUUUCACAUUCACAUCCAGUCAAAAUGGGUAAGGAAGAGAAGCCUCACAUUAACCUCGUCGUUAUCGGCCACGUCGAUUCCGGCAAAUCCACCACCACCGGUCAUUUGAUCUACAAGUGCGGUGGUAUUGACAACCGUACCAUUGAGAAGUUCGAGAAGGAAGCCGAAGAGUUGGGCAAGAAAUCCUUCAAGUAUGCGUGGGUCCUCGACAAACUGAAGUCCGAGCGUGAGCGUGGUAUCACCAUCGAUAUUUCCCUCUGGAGAUUCGAAACCCCCAAGUACAAUGUUACUGUCAUUGACGCCCCCGGUCAUCGUGACUUCGUCAAGAACAUGAUUACUGGUACUUCCCAGGCUGACUGCGCUAUCCUCAUCAUUGCUGCCGGUACUGGUGAGUUCGAGGCUGGUAUCUCCAAGGAUGGCCAGACUCGUGAGCACGCUCUGCUCGCUUUCACCCUCGGUGUCAGACAGCUCAUCGUUGCCAUCAACAAGAUGGACACCACCAAGUGGUCUGAGACCCGUUUCAACGAAAUUAUCAAGGAAGUCAGCAACUUCAUCAAGAAGGUCGGAUACAACCCCAAGUCUGUUCCCUUCGUGCCAAUCUCCGGUUUCGAGGGUGACAACAUGAUUGAGCCUUCCCCCAACUGCCCUUGGUACAAGGGCUGGAACAAGGAGACUGCUGCUGGCAAGGCCGCCGGUAAGACUCUUCUCGAUGCCAUUGACGCCAUCGACCCCCCCGUCCGUCCUACCGAGAAGCCUCUCCGUCUUCCCCUCCAGGAUGUGUAUAAGAUCUCCGGUAUUGGCACUGUUCCCGUUGGACGUGUCGAGACUGGUGUCAUCAAGCCUGGUAUGGUCGUGACCUUCGCCCCUGCCAACGUCACCACUGAAGUCAAGUCCGUUGAAAUGCACCACCAGCAGCUCCAGGCUGGUUACCCUGGUGACAACGUCGGCUUCAACGUCAAGAACGUUUCCGUCAAGGAAGUCCGCCGUGGCAACGUUGCCGGUGACUCCAAGAACGACCCCCCCAAGGGCUGCGAGUCCUUCAACGCCCAGGUCAUCGUCCUCAACCACCCCGGCCAGGUUGGCGCUGGUUAUGCCCCAGUCCUCGACUGCCACACUGCCCACAUUGCUUGCAAGUUCUCUGAGCUCAUCGAGAAGAUUGACCGCCGUACCGGAAAGUCUGUUGAGGACAACCCCAAGUUCAUCAAGUCCGGUGAUGCUGCUAUCGUCAAGAUGAUUCCGUCCAAGCCCAUGUGCGUGGAGGCCUUCACUGAGUACCCUCCUCUUGGACGUUUCGCUGUCCGUGACAUGAGACAAACCGUCGCUGUCGGUGUCAUCAAGUCCGUCGUCAAGUCCGACAAGACUGCUGGCAAGGUCACCAAGGCCGCCCAGAAGGCUACCAAGAAAUAAACUGGCUAGCCCCUAACACACCCCCCCAACCCGCCCUUAAACAAAAAUGCUAGAAUGAAUAAAGAAAGAGGGGAUGACCGUCCAGGCGAUGGGGAUAAAGGAGGUAUUAUUUUCCCUUCUCUUUUCUCCCUCUCACCUUUACGUGCGGAAGAGCGGGCGAAAUGUGACCACUUGACAUAGGUCUUUUUAUACCUUAUCGUUAUUUAGGAGUUGCUUUUCGUUCUUCUUAUGCUCCCUUCACAUUUCUUCUUACCCUGGUCUCCCGUGGCAUUUUUGUUUUAUUUUUCAUGUCCUCUCUAGUUAAAAGGAAAAAUGGCUUCACGAUUUAUUUUCUCUUUCUAUUAGAUGGGCUUUUUUCUCACACCUACCCCCCAACCCCCUUUUCCUUUUUUUUUUACGAGUACGAAAUCCAAAAAUUCCAAAAUAUUAAUGACCGUUUUUAAAGAUUCUUUAAACUUCUUCUCUCCUCUUCAGCCUCUAUAUUCUUUUGAAGUAGUAGUUUAAUAAUACACCCCAUGCAUUUUUCACAUUUGAGGGCAAGACUUGGCCCAGUUAAUACCGCUAUCAAUGAGAUGGCUAUUCAAAGCCGUAGAUGCGAAAUACUUCCUCUACCAUUAUCCCGCCAUCCCUCAAUUAAUGAUUGAACCCCUUCGUCGUGAGUUUGAAAAUGAAAAGCAAACCAACGAUAAAACCGUCCAUUCACAUUCACUCUCUAUCUGAUGCGAAAUGGAAAAUAAUACUAUAUGAAUUUCUUGUCUUUCCCUGAUAAUCAAUCUCAUAUUCUGAUAUCGCUGGUACUAUCAUCUGUUUCAUCUAAUGUAAUAAUAUAUCUUCUUGGGAGAAAUAUAUAUUUAUAUACAUAAUUUUGC